AUGUUUGCCGAGGAAAGAGCUAAGGAGGUUGUCAGCACCAUCCAACCUGUCUUUGUUUCAGACCAAAGUAGGAACGAAUUUGGAGUCAAAACUCAUUUCAUCACGCUUAUGCUGAUGUUCAGUCAAGGUCAUAAAAUGCAGGAUCAGGAACAUUUCUGUCGAAAUCUCCUUCUAACAAACGGCAGGGCUCUGUGCUUUAUGUUGUCCUGGAGCAGGUUGACCAAGGAUCACCUGUUCAAGCGUAGCAUCAUUUUGGUUAAGGCCUGGUGCUGUUAUGAGAGUCGUUUCCUCGGUGCCAACACUGAACUGAUUUCAACAUAUGCAUUGGCCAUACUGGUCCUUUAUCGGUGA